CCGCCGCUGCCCAGGGAGGCGCGUCCCGGCGGCCCGAGCGCUCCCCGGCGGGUCCCCCGCGCCCUCGCCGCGCCCGGGCAGCGGCCCGACCGGGCGAGCAUGGGCGGCGCGGAGUGACGCCGCCGUGCCCGCCUGGCAUCAAGGACAUUCAGCCCGCGGGGGUGGGGACGAAGAGCGGGAGUCGGGAGGGGUGUGUGUGUGUGUGUGCCAGCCAGCCCCGCGUCGGCACCGCAGCAGCCCCCGAGAGCGGCCGCCACCGCGGCCGGAGCCCGAGGGAGAAGGGGGUGCUCGGAAUCAUCGCUCUUCAGCUCCCGACCUUUGCGAUUUUUAGAGGGGGGGGGGUCGGGGCGGGCCGGGCAUCCCGCCCACCUUGGCCGCGGCGGGAGGAGCUGUCAAGCCCCGGCGGCGGGGGUGCGCCCCGCGCCCGGCCGGCCUCGGAGGAGCGUCCGCGGCGUUCGGGGCUGGGGCUGGAGGCGGCCGCCGCACGCGCGCACACGCACACGUUCCGCGGAGGGCGAGAGGCGGCGAGCGGCUCCGACACCAUCUGCAGUGUCAAUGCGGCGCGCCCGCUGACGGCGGCCAGAGCGGCGCUCGCAGGACGCCCCGCUCCUGGGUCCUAGCUCUUUGAGGAGACGCCGUGCUAGGCACUCUGGACUCAUGCCUGCCAUAAAAGCCAUGCUGUGGCCCUGGACUUUCCUGCUCGCCCACCUCCUGAUAUUGGCGCCGGGCUCCUCCACGCUGCUCCCCCGGCAGCCACCGCCGGCACCAUCCCCCAAACGAUCCUUUGUCACUUUCCGUGGGGAGCCCACGGAGGGCUUCAACCACCUGGUGGUGGAUGAGAGGACAGGGCACCUGUAUCUGGGCGCCGUCAAUCGGAUCUACAAGCUCUCCAGUGACCUGAAGGUCCUGGUGACCCACCAGACGGGGCCGGAUGAGGACAACCCCAAGUGUUACCCGCCCCGCAUUGUGCAGACGUGCCACGAGCCCCUGACCACCACCAACAAUGUGAACAAGAUGCUGUUGAUCGACUACAAGGAGAACCGGCUCAUCGCCUGCGGGAGCUUGUACCAGGGCAUCUGCAAGCUGCUGCGGCUUGAGGACCUCUUCAAGCUGGGGGAACCCUUCCACAAGAAGGAGCACUACCUGUCGGGGGUUAACGAGAGCGGCUCCGUCUUCGGCGUGAUCGUCUCCUACAGCAACCUGGACGACAAGCUCUUUAUCGCCACGGCCGUGGACGGGAAGCCGGAAUAUUUCCCCACCAUCUCCAGCCGGAAGCUGACCAAGAACUCGGAGGCAGAUGGCAUGUUUGCGUACGUCUUCCACGACGAGUUUGUGGCCUCCAUGAUCAAGAUCCCCUCGGAUACCUUCACCGUCAUCCCCGACUUCGACAUCUACUAUGUCUAUGGUUUUAGCAGCGGCAACUUCGUCUACUUCCUGACGCUGCAGCCCGAGAUGGUGUCUCCCCCGGGCUCCACCACCAAGGAGCAGGUGUACACCUCCAAGCUGGUGCGGCUGUGCAAGGAGGACACGGCCUUCAACUCGUACGUGGAGGUGCCCAUCGGCUGCGAGCGCAAUGGCGUGGAGUACCGCCUGCUGCAGGCCGCCUACCUGUCCAAAGCCGGGGCCGUGCUGGCGCGGACCCUCGGGGUGCGUGCUGAGGAUGACCUCCUCUACACCGUCUUCUCCAAGGGCCAGAAGCGCAAGAUGAAAUCGCUGGACGAGUCUGCCCUGUGCAUCUUCAUCUUGAAGCAGAUCAAUGACCGCAUCAAGGAGCGGCUGCAGUCCUGCUACCGGGGCGAGGGCACGCUGGACCUGGCCUGGCUCAAGGUCAAGGACGUGCACUGCAGCAGCGCGCUCUUAACCAUCAAUGAUAAUUUCUGUGGCCUGGAUAUGAACGCUCCCCUGGGCGUGUCGGAGAUGGUACGUGGCAUUCACAGAGACCGCAUGACCUCAGUCAUUGCCUACGUCUAUAAGAACCACUCUCUGGCCUUCGUGGGCACCAAAAGUGGCAAACUGAAGAAGAUUCGUGUAGACGGGCCCAGGGGAAAUGCUCUUCAGUAUGAGACGGUGCAGGUGGUGGAGCCGGGCCCCGUCCUCCGGGAUAUGGCUUUCUCCAAGGACCAUGAGCAGCUCUACAUCAUGUCAGAAAGGCAGCUCACCAGAGUCCCCGUGGAGUCCUGUGGGCAGUAUCGGAGCUGCAGCGAGUGCCUGGGCUCGGGCGAUCCCCACUGCGGCUGGUGUGUGCUGCAUAACACGUGCACCCGGAAGGAGCGCUGUGAGCGGUCCCGGGAACCUCGCAGGUUUGCCUCAGAGAUGAGGCAGUGCGUGAGACUGACCGUCCACCCCAGCAACAUCUCUGUGUCGCAGUACAACGUCCUGCUGGUCCUGGAGACGUACAAUGUCCCUGAGCUGUCAGCGGGCGUCAACUGCACCUUUGAGGACCUGUCAGAGAUGGAUGGGCUGGUGGUGGGCAAUCAGAUCCAGUGCUACUCCCCGGCAGCCAAGGAGGUGCCCCGGAUCAUCACGGAGAAUGGGGACCACCAUGUCGUCCAGCUGCAGCUCAAAUCCAAGGAGACGGGCAUGACCUUUGCUAGCACCAGUUUUGUCUUCUACAACUGCAGUGUCCACAAUUCGUGCCUGUCUUGCGUGGAAAGCCCAUACCGCUGCCACUGGUGUAAAUACCGACACGUCUGCACCCAUGACCCCAAGACUUGCUCCUUCCAGGAAGGCCGAGUGAAGCUCCCUGAGGACUGCCCGCAGCUGCUGCGUGUGGACAAGAUCCUGGUGCCCGUGGAGGUGAUCAAGCCCAUCACCCUGAAGGCCAAGAACCUGCCGCAGCCGCAGUCGGGGCAGCGCGGCUACGAGUGCAUCCUCCGCAUCCAGGGCGGCGAGCAGCGGGUGCCCGCACUGCGCUUCAACAGCUCCAGCGUGCAGUGCCAGAACACCUCGUACUCGUACGAGGGGAUGGAGAUCAACAACCUGCCCGUGGAGCUGACGGUCGUGUGGAACGGCCACUUCAGCAUUGACAACCCAGCUCAGAACAAAGUUCACCUCUAUAAAUGUGGAGCCAUGCGGGAGAGCUGUGGGCGGUGCCUCAAGGCAGACCCUGACUUCCAGUGUGGCUGGUGCCAGGGCCAGGCUCAGUGCACGCUGCGCCAGCACUGCCCGCUGCACGAGAGCCAGUGGCUGGAGCUGGCGGGGGCCAACAGCAAGUGCACGAACCCCCGCAUCACUGAGAUCAUCCCAGUGACGGGGCCCCGGGAAGGGGGCACCAAGGUCACCAUCCGAGGAGAGAACCUGGGCCUGGAAUUCCGGGACAUCGCCUCCCAUGUCAAGGUGGCCGGUGUGGAGUGCAACCCUUUGGUGGACGGCUACAUCCCAGCAGAGCAGAUCGUGUGUGAGAUGGGGGAGGCCAAGCCCAGCCAGCACGCCGGCUUCGUGGAGAUCUGCGUAGCCGUGUGUAGGCCCGAGUUCAUGGCCCGGUCCUCGCAGCUCUACUAUUUUAUGACGCUGACACUCUCAGAUCUGAAGCCCAGCCGGGGACCCAUGUCCGGGGGCACCCAAGUGACCAUCACGGGCACCAACCUGAACGCUGGCAGCAACGUGGUGGUGAUGUUUGGGAGGCAGCCCUGCCUCUUCCACAGGCGCUCCCCAUCUUCCAUCGUCUGCAACACCACCUCCUCGGAAGAGGGGCUGGACAUGCCGCUCACCGUGCAGGUGGACCGGGCCAAGAUCCACCAUCAGGACCUGUCCUUCCAGUACGUGGAGGACCCCACCAUUGUACGCAUUGAGCCUGAGUGGAGCAUUGUCAGCGGGAACACACCCAUCGCCGUAUGGGGCACGAACCUGGACCUCAUUCAGAACCCCCAGAUCCGCGCCAAGCACGAAGGAAAGGAGCACAUCAAUCUCUGCGAGGUUCUAAACGAGACAGAAAUGACCUGCCAGGCACCUGCUCUAGCCCUGGGGCCCGACCACCAAUCCGACCUGACCGAGAGGCCCGAGGAGUUCGGCUUUAUCCUUGACAACGUGCAGUCCCUGCUCAUCCUCAACAAGACCAACUUCACCUACUACCCCAACCCCGUCUUUGAGGCCUUUGGUCCCUCUGGCAUCCUGGAGCUCAAGCCGGGCACACCCAUUAUCCUGAAGGGCAAGAACCUGAUCCCGCCGGUGGCUGGGGGCAACGUGAAGCUCAACUACACAGUGCUCGUCGGGGAGAAGCCCUGCACCGUGACCGUGUCGGACGUGCAGCUGCUCUGCGAGUCCCCCAACCUCAUCGGGCGGCACAAAGUGAUGGCCCGCGUUGGUGGCAUGGAGUACUCGCCAGGCAUGGUGUACAUCGCCCCUGACAGCCCGCUCAGCCUCCCGGCCAUCGUCAGCAUCGCCGUGGCCGGCGGCCUCCUCAUCAUCUUCAUCGUGGCCGUGCUCAUCGCCUACAAACGCAAGUCCCGCGAGAGUGACCUCACGCUGAAGCGGCUGCAGAUGCAGAUGGACAACCUGGAGUCUCGAGUGGCCCUGGAGUGCAAGGAAGCCUUUGCGGAGCUGCAGACCGACAUCCAUGAGCUGACCAGCGACCUGGAUGGAGCAGGGAUUCCCUUCCUGGACUACCGAACCUACACCAUGCGGGUGUUAUUCCCAGGCAUCGAAGACCACCCCGUCCUCCGGGACCUUGAGGUGCCCGGCUACCGGCAGGAGCGCGUGGAGAAGGGCCUGAAGCUCUUCGCGCAGCUCAUCAACAACAAGGUCUUCCUGCUGUCCUUCAUCCGCACGCUCGAGUCCCAGCGCAGCUUCUCCAUGCGGGACCGCGGCAACGUGGCCUCGCUCAUCAUGACGGUGCUGCAGAGCAAGCUGGAGUACGCCACCGACGUGCUCAAGCAGCUGCUGGCCGACCUCAUCGACAAGAACCUGGAGAGCAAGAACCACCCCAAGCUGCUGCUCCGGAGGACGGAGUCUGUGGCUGAGAAGAUGCUGACCAACUGGUUCACUUUCCUGCUCUACAAAUUCCUGAAGGAGUGCGCCGGGGAGCCCCUCUUCUCGCUGUUCUGCGCCAUCAAGCAGCAGAUGGAGAAGGGCCCCAUCGACGCCAUCACGGGCGAGGCCCGCUACUCCCUGAGUGAGGACAAGCUCAUCCGGCAGCAGAUCGACUACAAGACCCUGGUCCUGAGCUGCGUCAACCCUGACAGUGCCAACAGCCCCGAGGUCCCCGUGAAGAUCCUCAACUGCGACACCAUCACUCAGGUCAAGGAAAAGAUUCUGGAUGCCAUCUUCAAAAACGUGCCCUGCUCCCACCGGCCCAAGGCUGCAGAUAUGGACCUGGAGUGGCGGCAAGGGAGCGGGGCCAGGAUGAUCCUGCAGGAUGAAGACAUUACUACUAAGAUUGAGAAUGACUGGAAGCGAUUAAACACCGUGGCCCAUUACCAGGUUCCAGAUGGAUCCGUGGUGGCCUUAGUUUCCAAGCAGGUGACCGCGUAUAAUGCCGUGAAUAACUCCACGGUGUCCAGGACGUCUGCAAGCAAAUAUGAAAACAUGAUCCGGUACACGGGCAGCCCUGACAGCCUCCGCUCGCGCACGCCCAUGAUCACUCCCGACCUGGAGAGCGGAGUCAAGAUGUGGCACCUGGUGAAGAACCACGAGCAUGGGGACCAGAAGGAGGGCGACCGGGGGAGCAAGAUGGUGUCUGAGAUCUACCUGACGCGGCUGCUGGCCACAAAGGGCACGUUGCAGAAGUUCGUGGACGACCUUUUCGAGACCAUCUUCAGCACGGCGCACCGGGGCUCUGCCCUGCCGCUGGCCAUCAAGUACAUGUUUGACUUCCUGGACGAGCAGGCCGAUAAGCAUGGCAUUCACGACCCGCACGUUCGCCAUACCUGGAAGAGCAACUGCCUGCCACUGCGGUUUUGGGUGAACAUGAUCAAGAACCCCCAGUUCGUGUUUGACAUCCAUAAGAACAGCAUCACAGACGCCUGUCUGUCGGUAGUGGCACAGACCUUCAUGGACUCCUGCUCCACGUCGGAGCACCGGCUGGGCAAAGACUCGCCCUCCAACAAGCUGCUCUACGCCAAGGACAUCCCCAGCUACAAGAGCUGGGUAGAGAGGUAUUACUCAGACAUUGGGAAGAUGCCCGCCAUCAGCGACCAGGACAUGAACGCCUACCUGGCCGAGCAAUCUCGGAUGCAUAUGAACGAGUUCAACUCCAUGAGCGCACUGUCAGAGAUCUUCUCCUACGUGGGCAAGUAUAGUGAGGAGAUCCUCGGCCCACUGGACCACGAUGACCAGUGUGGGAAGCAGAAACUGGCCUACAAACUAGAGCAAGUCAUAACCCUCAUGAGCUUAGACAGCUGAGAACCGUCCUCCAGGGUCACCCUGGAGGAGGGACACACCAAGCCGUGCCUCUGUCUAGAUUCUCAUCUUUACCAAGUGCAAGUUCCGACUGGCCUCAGCAGCAUCCCGAGCAGCGCCCCUUCACCCCUUUCUCUUUCUCUCUCCUCUCUCUCUCCCUCUCUCUCUUACUCUCUCUCUCACUGUCUGUCUUUCCUCUCUCUCCACCUUUGUCAUCUCAGUCUGACUCUUGCUAGCUCUCUUGCACACUCUCUUGUGCUCUUGCUCUCUCCUUUGUGCUGUUAUCUUAGUCUGUGUCUGUCUCUCUCUCUCUCCUCAGUCUGUCUCUCGUUUGCGCUCACACGCUCUCUUUUGCUCACUAUCUCGCUCUCUCUUUCCAGCUGUCUCUCUCUUUUCCUUUCUUUCUCUCCCUCCGUUCCGGAUCUCCUUCUCUUUCAGUUGCUCUACCAACACCAACACGAUUGAACCAAGCCGCCGACCCUCAGUCCGUGCAGGACGGCCAGGUCCACCACCAGGGGCCCUGUUGGGCAGAUAGCAGAGAGGCUCGCUCCCGGCUCACCCCACGGCCUCCGCCGUGGGAGGCGGCAGGGCCUGGCUCUGGGUGAGGAGCCCUGGACGGAGGCUGCUUCCGUGCUGCUGGUUCCACUGCGAGAUCCCGCACUGGUAUCCACGUCGGCCCGGGAAGGGGCGAGGAGCUCAGUAUUAACUUCCCUGGGAAGGUGGCUUCCGGCGCUCCCUUCCCACGUGUCCAUCUCUGGGGGCUCCUCAGUGGACUGGGCCCCUAGACACAGUGAGAAGAAAGGGGUCUACCUCUCGUCCCCCUCGCCUGGAUUGGGCUGUGUGUGUUUGGAUGGGGGAACGUGCCUAGGAGCAGCUUCUCACCUGUUUGGCUGGUAUGCCGAGACCUCCGCGUCCCCUUCCAAAUCUUCUGGAAGGCCUGUUCAGUGCCCGGGGGACACUGCCUGCCCAGCGUCUCCCCCAUCUGCAGGAAGCCAAACGGGAGACAGAAUCACAGCCGCAUUCCAGUUCCACCAUGGAGACGCUUCCACCUUCGCAUCUGGCCAAGGCUGCAGAGAUGGAACCUGGGGGGAGCAAUGAGAAAAGAGAGACGCAUUUGCCAUGGAAGACGCAGGCUUUGCUUUUUUCCAUUAUCAUCCACCUGCCCCCACCCCCACCACACACACACACACACACACACACACACGCACACACACACCGGAGGCCCAAGGAGUCCUGAUCAUUCUCCUACGUCCAAUUCAUUGCCCCCACCCCCACCCCAGCCUCCUCGGUCAUUGCUCCUGCCAGUGUCCAGCAAGUGUGCAGAGUGCAUUCCAGGAGCUACUACCUCCAGCCGUCUCCAUGGCUCCCUCCCCAGUGUCCUUCCCGAGAACUCUGCAGAGGGCCGGCCCACAGCCUUCCCUGUGCCCCUGCAGAACUUGGUGCCAUCACUAUGCAGAUGACUGGUCAUGGGGCCCCCCCAUCCGGACCUCCCACGGGGAUUAUUUCAUCCACAUCUCAGCGGCCGCUUUCACCGUCCCUCCUCCUCUCCUCACGAUCAAAGAAACCCACUCAAGCACAGCCUCAUGCAGACAAACCAAAAUGCCAGCUGCACGCAGCCCCAGGCCUGUCGGGCCCGGGAGGCACAGAACAGAGUCUGGAGGACCAGGAAGGGGAAGCGGGAGAGACAGCUGUGCUGACGCCUGGCCUGUCUCCCCUCCUGUCUCCUCUCUGUGGCCAGCGGGGCCAAUGGCGAGAAAGAGAGAGAGACACGGGCUGAUGCAAGGGUCCGGGACAUAUUGCCUUGAUGGAACCCUAGAUAUUGGGGGCUAGCCCUGCCCCCCCACAAGCCAGACACUUCCCUCCUGGUGGCCCUGCCAUCCAGUCACACACCAGCCUGGGAGACAGGAGAAGCAUCAUGUGCGGUGGGCUGGGUGGGGAAGAGGGGUGGAGGCGGGGGGGGGGGAUCCCACCGUGCUGCCUUCACUCCCCCCCCCACCUCUGCUUCAUUCCCUGGCCUCUGUGGAGAGAGGGCAAGGGACCACGUUGUUUUCUGGAAAAGUCUAUGGAGCAUCACAUACUUUGAAGAACCCGAGCCUCGUUGAGUGUGAAGACGUGUGUGUUGUGUGUGUGUGUGUGUGUGUGUAUGUGUGUGUGUGUCCCAGGAGGAGGCAGAGAGCUCAGAAAGAUUUCUUAGUCCAGGAGGAUUCUGAAGCAUUUCCUUCUUUGUUUUUUCAUUCAUCCCGCAUCAUCAGGGUAACUCCAAUCUUGCUUUCUGGGCCCGGUGCUCGUGGCGGGGCGGAGGGGGUCACCUGUCCAUAGGAAAUCAGGGUGGUUUCUGGCCAAGGCUUGGACUCAACGGGAUGGGAGGGGGAGGGGUCAGUGUGCUGGGCGGUGGUGAGCCAGAGCAAGACGGCCACAAGGGGCGUCAAAGACGGUGGAUAUUGGACAAAUCCUGGCCACCAGCCUGGGGGAAAGAGAAGCGAGGUGGGGGUGGUGGGGGGUGAGGUACGUCAAGGGGAAGCAAGCUAACCAAAGGUCUUGGCAAGUGACGUGCUGGGUGAGGCGCACGCAUGUUCACCUGGGAUGGUGCUCCUUGCUCCCAAGAGGCCCUGGGCUCUGGCAGACCGGAAAGAGGCCGGGGAGGUGGUCCAGGAGGCCCUCACUGGCUCAACUAUUUUUUGCACAUGUCGGGGAGGGGUGCAGCAUGAACGUAUUUAACACAGAUCGGCUGAAUGGAAGCUGUGUGCGUGCGCGCGUGUGUGUGCGUGGGUUUCGACUUAUUUUUUUUGUUUUGCACAGUUAGAGGAAAAACUGAACACGCAGAAAAGAAAAAAAAAUAUUAGACUGUUCUUCUGGUUCUGCUGAAGUUUUUAUUUUUUACUGGAUUAUUAUUAUUGUUAUUAUUCCUUGGUCGGUACAGAAUUCUUCUCCCCUACGUUUUCGUUCUAGGAGAAUUUUCCAACCCCCUCCCCCCGCCCCCCGAGCCAUGUCAGGAAGAGGAAAUGUGCUCCUCCCCCUCUCUUCAUGUCUCCCGGGGGUGAGGGUGGGGGGCCGGGUUUAUGGUCCAAGCGCAGGUUGCCUGUUACUGGUGCUGGAGCCUGCUUGGCAGUGGGCAGGGGUGCAGGGGGGGCAGCACCAGAGCCACCCCUUUGCUCACAGAUAUUCUUUCUUUUCUGUGUGCUCUUCGUUUCUUCCAUAUGGACUCUUGGCGCACGUGUGGUCUGUUUCGGAGUUAAGACAGGACAGCCUUGUCCACAAGUUGCCGUUUUCCUCCAAAUCUUUGCAAACCUCCCCCGGAGUCUGCCCUCUUGGUGGGUGCCAGAGAAGGGGAUCUGGCCACCCAGGGGCUCUGGGGGAGAGGGUGCCCCUCAAACCUCACCCUUCCUCUCACAGUUUAUGUGUGGGCUCACCCUGCUGUUUAAGGUGGAACCUUUAUGUGAGUCCCUGUGUCCUGGGAGAAAGCUGGGACCCCCCAAAUUUCCCCCAUCACCCCAUCUCCAGCCACCGCCCCCACUAGGGUCCUUGGUUCCAGGUCAGUGGGUGACCAGCCUGGUUCAAGUGUUGGGGAAGAUGAGCUGCAGGGGGCAGUGGGGGUGAGGGUAGUGGAGGGCUUGCUGGGGUUCGGGAUUUAAAGAAGGGAUCUAUAGAAGUCAAGUCCAUGCAGGCUGGGCAUCUCCCGGGGUCACCCCCAAGUGUUGCUCUGUCCUCCUUGUCCAUUCUUGUCUGGAGAGACCCUAGCAUUUCUGGACCUCGGUGGGCUGCCGCUGUGAUGGGGGCCAGGGUUCAGCUUCUUCAUCAGGAAAAUGCUGCUGCUCACCUUCUCUCGAGUUUUCUGAAAACGGGGUAUGUGGCAGGCUCAGGUACGGUACCUCCCUCUUCUACCCCCACCCCCCACCCCGCCCCCAGCCAGCCAGUGCCCGGGAGCCUGUGAACAAGGCCCAAGAUGAGAAAAGUUCUGAAUCCCAAAGUGCGAGGGGGACAGAGCGGGAUGGGGGCCCAAGGUGGGGGUGGGGACACAGGAAGGGCCUUGGUCCGCCAUCCUUGCAUGCCUGGCUUCUGAGUAUCCCUCCCGUGCUGAACAUGCAGACCUGCCCACUUUAAGUGCAGGCACCUCAGGCCCUCACCACCUCACUCCCCACUAUUCCCCCCACCCCACCCUCGUACCCCUCAGAGGACCCCCCAGACAUGAAUUUCACAGACAAGUUCCACCCUGAGAGCCAGAUUCUGCUUCGGUCAUUUCCAGAGCCCUUAGCCAUCUGGGAGGAGUUGUGGGGGGAGGCGACAGGUGUGUGGCCCCCACUUUGACCUAAGGGGGAGCCUCGCUUUCCCUUCAGUCUCCUCUCUCAGGCUCAAGGCUCCCUUUGAUCUCACAGAAGGCAAAGCCCAAUACCUACAGCGCAGUGGGCUCCAGGGUUAUUGCUCCAGCCAGAGCCUCUUUCCUGCCUCGAGCCAAGAAAGGAGACCCCAGAUUGGUCCUUCCAGGAUCCCUCUGCCUCUGAAAGCCCUCUGAGAGGCAUCCUCCGGGUCCCAGGCCCCCCAUGUCCUGGAGUGCACCCCCACCUCCUUCCUGGCCCCUUAUGCCUGGUCAAGGAGUCCUCUGAGCUCCUCACCCUCCUAUCAGCUCUUAGAGGGGGGGUUCCAGCCCCAGAUCCCCUCAACCUCUCCCCUUUAACAACAAAACAGCCCCAGGCAGGCUAUUCCUUGCGGGGAGCGGAGGUAGCUCUUGUAUUUUUGUUUAUAUUAUUUCUCUAGACCUUGAAAAUAAAGAGGGAGCCCCAGGGCGGGUGCCAAGUACAAAUCGGUAGCGAGAAAAACCCAAAAUCAAAACCUGAUUUCCAGCAAUGCGUGUCCCACGGUGGUGAAAGAAGGGAGUAGGGUAUUCCUGGUUGUGCCCUCCCCCCGCCCCACCCCGGGAAGCACCCCAGCUGCACAGCCCCCCGGACCCACACCCUUCUCCUUCUGCUUCCCACUGUCCCCCUGUCCUCACAGGUGUGCCAUAUGCAAUCUCGCUUUACAGGGUGGGAAACUGGCAGCGCCCCCCCUCCCCCGACCGAGGCCUAGAGGCUGGGGUGGGCCACCACAACACCCCUGCCCCGAACUGCUCCAAGCACAGCAAAAUCUCACCAGGACACCCUGCACCUCCAAAUCCUUUAGGAACCGCAGGGAAAGCUCUAGGCAGCCGAGACAGACCUUGUUUUAUUUCACUCCAAAGCUUUAUGCCCCAGGACAAUUAUUUUUUUAUUAGUGGGGGGGGGUGCCUCCAACUUUACAAAAAAAAAUUAAUAAUAUGGGACUUAGGGAUUGUCAUGGUAAUCAGUACUCCGUUAGAGUCCCAGUGAAAUGCCUUGAGUAGAGGGGAGCUAAAUGGACCAAAAUAGUGACUGAAUAUAAAAGAAUUUCCUCUUUGUAUUGGCAGAGAAAGAGAGGCACGUGGGGAGCUGGGAACCCCCUUUCCAGCCCUGCUAUUUCCUCCUGUCCUGUCCAGUCUUGGCCCUCCAGCCGGCCACUGGCAUGGCUGAACCACACCUAGUUCUCCGGGGCUUUGCCCAAACCACGGGGACAGUCCCUGAGGGACGACUCUGGUGCUGCAGGACCUGUAACUGCCCAGUGCGUGUGCACACGAUGUGGCCUCCGCAUGCCCUCGCACGGGGUUCUUUCGGUGGAGUUCUCCCUCCCUUGGUCCACCCACUCAAGCACAUCUGGGAAAGGCUCCCUGACCACAGCAGGAUUCCCAGUGGGAAAAACCCUGACACAUCAGUGCCAAGGACACUUGGGAAACUGGCCGCUUUGCCCACCCUACCUAGGGACCACUCUUCAGGCACUAGUUCCAGAGGGGCUCCCUACGUCUGUGUGUCCUUCCCUCUUCUUCCCUGAUGUUCUCGUCAGUUUGUUGGCUCGUGGAACCUUUUGUUCUUUAAAGAAAAAAAAAAAAAAAAAAAGAAAA